GUUGUCUUAAGCACACUGCACUGGCGCACAAUUUUUUAUCGGUGGUGAUAGAUUUAUAGCUAUUAAUUAGUUGUCUUAUGCACACUAUACAGGCGCACAAUUAUUUGUUGGUGGUGAUAAAUUUAUAGUUAUUUGUUAGUUGUCUUAUGCACAAUGCACAGGCGCACAAUUAUAUUAGCUAUAGAAUUUGAAAACAUCGUGUGAAAAUUUCGCACUCUUAUAAUUUUUUUUCUGCGUGUGUGAACCUUAAGGGCCUCACAUUUGAAAGUUCGCCUAGGGCCUCUCAAAAUAUUUGGAAUCUCAGGGCCGGCCUUGAACUUUCUACUAUGAGAUUAGUAGCGUAUAUACCCCUUGGCAUUUUCAGAAAAGUAAAAGGGCAAAACGAGUAUAACAACACUAAUUUAUUUCAGAUUUUUUGAUUGAGGGGUGUUUCUCCAUAAUGUGAAAAGAAUAUGAGUACUUUUUGCAUACUUUUUAAAUAGGGAAUAAAAUUGCUACAUGUAUACACAUUAGGAGUAUUGUCUGUACUUGCCCGGUGGUAAAUGGGUACAAACCCAUGUCACAAAAUUAGUGAUAUUACUUUGGUUUGGGCACUGCGCUCAAAAACUCAGCCCAAAACAAAACCAUUCUUAUAUCAGACCACUGUAGCGAGGCCCAAAUUUCUGAACCCCAAAAUUGUGCCUCCCAUUUCUCUCUCUUCUCGUGCCAUUGUGCGAGGCGAUUUGAUAAAAGCGAUUCGACUAAAAGCUAAAGUUCAAUCGUUGUGCGACCACGGUUCAAGGUUUUGAGUUCCAUACCCAUUGUUCUUCCUAUUGUUUCUCUGGUUUCUCUCUGUUAUCUCACCUAUUGUGAGGUAGUUCGCGACCACGAAUUCCAGCUCUUGGUCUGCAAAACCAGUGUUGUGCCACCGGAUCAAGGUUUUUCUUUCCAAAACUUGCAUGACCGAGUCCUAUUCACGUUGCUCGGGGGCGAUUUGGGCGACCACGGUUCUUAGGUUUUGAGCUGCAAAAUCAUUGUUCUGCCUCUCGUUCCUCUCUGCUGCCUCACCUAGUGUGAGGCGAUUCAAGGCCUAUUCGACUGAAACCCUAGUUCCUCGUUCGCAAAGGGUCUCUCAUGGAGGAUUGAAUCACACAUCUGGCUUAGUAUCUCUCUCCGGAUACGGAGAAUAAAGGACAUAGAAGUAGCUCAAACAUGCAAGGAUGAAGAUGCUCUUAAGAGGCCGAGGAAUACUAAUUCACUCUAAGAGGAAAUGCCAUUGCAUAUUAUCAUUUUCUAAGAAGUUCUCAUCUUCAGGCAAUGGGACUUCUGAUCUGGAUGGGAGAGCUCUUUCUUCUGUGGAGGGGGCAAAUCAAGGAAAUUUAAAAACAUUGGAAGGGAUAAGAAAACGAGUUGAUGAUGUGUGCAGGAUCUUGGAAAUCCAUCCUUGGGGACCUUACUUAGAGGAAACUCUAUCUACAUUUGAUGAAAUAGCUCAAACAGAUUUAGUGAUUCGAGUUCUAAAGAGACUGAAGAAUGUUGAUCAAGCGGUAAACUAUUUUCGUUGGACUGAGAGAAAAACCAACCAAGCACAUUGUCCAGAAGCAUACAAUUCUCUUCUUAUGGUAAUGUGUAGGGGUAAAAAUUUUUGUUGUCUUGAACAGAUUUUGGAGGAAAUGAGUCUUGCUGGAUUUGGUCCAUCUAAUAGCACAUGUAUUGAGUUAGUUGUCAGCUGUGUUAAGUCUCAGAAGCUGAGAGAAGCAUUCGAUUUUAUACAAUCCAUGAGAAAGUGCAAAUUCCGCCCUGCAUUUUCAGCUUAUACAACUCUAAUUGGUGCUCUAUCUGCAAUUCAUGAACCUGAUCUCAUGCUCAUGCUCUUUCAUCAGAUGCAGGAGCUAGGUUACGAAGUAAAUGUGCAUUUGUUCACAACUCUUAUUCGUGUAUUUGCCAAGGAGGGUCGGGUUGAUGCUGCUCUUUCUCUGUUAGAUGAGAUGAAGAGAAACUCAUUUGAUGCAGAUCUUGUUCUCUAUAAUGUUUGUAUUGACUGCUUUGGCAAGGCAGGUAAAGUGGACAUGGCCUGGAAAUUUUUUCAUGAGAUGAAAGUGCAUGGUCUUAUGCAUGAUGAUGUGACAUAUUCCAGUAUGAUAGGGGUCCUUUGGAAAGCUAAUAGACUGGAUGAAGCUGUGGAGCUAUUUGAGCAGAUGGAACUUAAUAGGAAAGUCCCUUGUGCAUAUGCUUAUAACACCAUGAUAAUGGGUUAUGGCUCUGCUGGAAAGUUUGAUGAAGCAUACAACUUACUUGAGAGACAAAAAAUAAAAGGGAGCAUUCCGAGUGUGAUUGCAUAUAAUUGUAUUCUUACAUGCCUUGGAAAGAAGGGCAGGGUGGAUGAGGCUUUGAGGAUAUUUGAGGAGAUGAAAAAAGAUGCAGUGCCUAAUCUUUCGACCUACAAUAUUCUUAUGGACAUGCUUUGCAAGGGAGGGAAGUUGGAAGCUGCUCUGGAGAUUCGGGAUGCCAUGAAAGAAGCUGGCUUGUUUCCUAAUGUUUUAACUGUGAACAUAAUGAUUGAUCGCUUGUGUAAGGCUCAGAAACUUGAUGAAGCUUGUUCUAUAUUUGAAGGGAUGGAUCAUAAAGUUUGCACCCCAGAUGCAGUUACAUUUUGUUCCCUGAUUGAGGGUUUGGGCAGACAUGGCAAAGUAGAUGAUGCUUACAGACUAUAUGAACGUAUGUUAGAUUCUGACCGGAUUCCAAAUGCUAUUGUCUAUACAUCCCUCAUCAGGAACUUUUUUAAGUCUGGCAGGAAAGAUGAUGGUCACAAAAUCUACAAAGAAAUGGUCCGUAGGGGCAUUUCUCCUGACCUAACCCUCCUCAAUACUUACAUGGAUUGUGUUUUCAAAGCCGGUGAAACUGAAAAAGGCAGGGCUUUGUUUGAGGAAAUUAAGGCUCUGGGGUUCGUCCCGGAUGUGCGGAGUUAUUCUAUACUAAUUCAUGGACUUACAAAAGCAGGUUUUGCACGAGAGACUUAUGAGCUGUUUUAUGUGAUGAAAGAACAGGGUUGUAUUUUGGAUACCCUUGCUUACAACACUGUUAUCGAUGGAUUCUGCAAAUCAGGCAAAGUGAACAAAGCUUACCAGCUGCUGGAGGAAAUGAAGGUGAAGGGUCACCAACCCACUGUGGUUACCUAUGGUUCUGUUAUUGAUGGGCUUGCUAAGAUUGACAGGCUUGAUGAAGCUUACAUGCUCUUUGAAGAAGCAAAAUCAAAGGGUGUGGAGUUAAAUGUAGUUGUAUAUAGUAGUCUUAUUGAUGGGUUCGGGAAGGUGGGUAGAAUUGAUGAGGCAUACCUAAUCAUGGAAGAGUUGAUGCAAAAAGGUUUAACACCUAAUGUGUACACAUGGAAUUGCUUACUUGAUGCUCUGGUUAAGGCUGAGGAAAUUAAUGAAGCGCUUGUUUGCUUUAAUUCCAUGAAGGACCUGAAGAAAUGCACUCCCAAUUCCAUAACUUACAGCAUCCUCAUAAAUGGUCUUUGCAGGGUUAGAAAAUUCAACAAGGCGUUUGUGUUUUGGCAGGAGAUGCAGAAGCAAGGGUUAAAACCCAAUAUGAUCACCUAUACAACAAUGAUUUCUGGGCUUGCCAAGGCUGGAAAUAUAUCAGAGGCUAAUGGGCUUUUUGAAAGGUUUAAGGAAAAUGGUGGUAAACCUGAUGCUGCUUGUUACAAUACUAUGAUAGAAGGGUUGAGCAUUUCAAACAGAGCAAUGGAAGCAUAUACACUAUUUGAGGAAACUCGCUUGAGAGGCCGUAAUGUUUAUACCAAAACUUGUGUUGUUCUUUUGGAUGCAUUGCAUAAGGCUGAAUGCCUUGAGCAGGCAGCAAUUGUUGGCGCUGUGCUGAAGGAAACAGCAAAGAGUCAGCAUGCAUCAAGGUCCUUUUAAUGACAGGCUUGUAGUGGCAUUACGAGUAUACGGUCAGCAUUGAUUUUGACAUAUUUUAUUUUAUUUUUCUGGAGCUUAUUCUGAUGGUUUUGAUGAACCAUAUUAGUCCAUUGCUUUCAUCCACAUAUUAGUAAUUGUGGUAAAAUACAAUUAUUAUACAGUCAGGUUUAAUCCAUGGUUUCUAUGUGGAAAAAUGCAUCAUAUUAUAUUGUCUAAAAUAGAUGAUAUACACUAACAGUUCCUCAAGGGACCUCUAGUCAUUUCCAAUAUGCAGAUAUCUACACAGAGGUCAAUUGCUCAGAUAGAUGGAUUAAAAUAGUGGAUCAUCAAACAGCUCCAAAGCAUCAUUUGAUCUAACGGCUGAGAUUCAACUUGUUCAAAUAUUUUAUUGGCUGAGAUUAUUGUGCUGUUGAUAGCUACUGUGUGAACAUCCAAAUGAUUUAAUCCAAUUGGUCAAUGUGUUAAAGUGAUCAAGCAGCUGUGAAUAAUCCUUGGAGUCAAACAAGGACCAACAUCAAGAUAUGUAUCCACUACUGAUCUAACGGCUGCAAGGUUUUGGUCCACUUAUAUAAUCUUGUGUCAUUAUCAAGAAGAUAGGGCUUGCACUGGGUCGGCGGAGAAAAGAAAGAAAAUACAGAGAGGUUUGAGGGUCGAAGGAUUUGAGAAGAGAGCUCAGAGGGUCAGUGCUUCAUUGAUAAUAUGAAUAGAGAAAGCUUGAGUGCUGAAAUCAGACCAAGAGAAUCAAGCGUCUACUCAACUGAUCUGUGCAACCUCAUGAACCAAUGGUAAACUUCAUUGAGAUAUCCUUUGUGAUGUUCAUCUAUUGAAGACCAAACAGAGACAACCGGCUAUGAUUGUGAGAGUUUCAAUCAGUUCAGUUGAUCCGAACAACGGUGAGUAUCAGAGACACAGCCAAUGAGUGCGCAUAGGUAUAACGCCAGAGAGCAACAGUUUCGGUAAACCCCAGUCCAAGUGAACUUCAGUCUGUGCAAGUGCAGAGAAAGCCUCAGCUCCAUUCAAACAUAUACCAGCUCCAGCGAGUUUCAGUCCAGGUCCGGUGCAGUUCAUUCCAGAAGCUUCAGUCUGGCAAGCUUCCUUUGUUUCAGACUGACAAACUUCUGUUCCGGCAACAGCUCCAAAUGUUUGUAACCAAAAUCCGAGCAACAGUCUCCAUUAUUGCCGGUGAACACAGAGCUACAACACAAACAGCUCCUGGCGAAGUGUUUAAAUCUUAGUUCAGUCCGGUGACCCAACAAAGUUUACAUCCAAAGCUUGGUCGCUGAGCCUCAAGCGACCCAACUGGUAAAGCUUCAGAGACCGAGUUGAUGACCCAGUAGUUCCAGUGUGCUCUAGAUUGCCCGGGCAGAGCUUCAGUGGCAUAUCAACAUGAAGACCAGGUUUGGGUGGAUUUGUGUUAAUGGAAGUUGGGUCUUGCAGAUAAAGGACAGUGAAGAACCAGCCAGCAACAACCAAACUGCAGUGAAGAACUCCAACGAACAGGUUUGGGAGUUUGAAGAAGAUCAGUGAGCUUAAAUUGAAGAUCCAAGUACUUCAAAGAUGGACAUUCUUUUGGUGGGUCUUAAAAUGGUUUGUUCAAGCUUUAUUAUUCAAUCACAUUCAUAGGAGCUGCUUCAAGUCUCAAGGGCUUAAGUAACGUGGGUUUGGUUCUCAUUUGCUAUAUGACUCAUAUUAUGGAGAAAAUGGAUUUCAACCUAAUGGAGCCGUGGUGAAUCACUCUAAGCUUGGAUAGAGGGUGAACUACAAUCAUAUCAUCUUCCUCAACGUUCACGUUUGGAGUAAGGGCUGUGAAUCUUAGUCUUUAGUUAUAUAUUUAUUCAUUGAUAUCUUAUAUAACUAGAGAGGCAUCAUUAGCUAUAUUUUUUUGUGAGUGACAAUUGUGAGUACUUGGUCCAAGCAUUGGAAUGUUGUGGACAGGGGGAGUGCAAGAGUGAUUGUUGUGUGGUCCAAGCAUGGGGGUGCUUAGGACACGGGAGAGAGCAAGAGCGACUUGUACAUGAGAUUGGUGAGAGAGUCCAAGCACAGGGGUGCUGUGGAUAAUGCGAGUUCUGAGUGAACUUGCAGUGAGCUAGGGUGUGUGUGCAGAGAGUGAGAAAGCUAGGGUUUCAACUUGUACAAGGGUGUGGGUAGAGUCUGAGAUAGUGUGUAUCAUCUUGCAACACAACUAGUGGAUUUACACUGGCUGCCAGGAACCAAGGUUUUUUAACCCUAUUGAGGGGGAUUUUCCUUUGUAAAAAAUCCUGUUGUCAAGAGUGGACUGUGGUGGUGACAUUUCAUCAAACAAGUUACAUAAGCUCUCAUUAGUCAGAAAAGAAAUUGUAGAAGAACCAAUUCACCCCCUCCCCCUCUUGGUUCAACAAUUAUAGAAGGGUCCUACUCUUUGCCUGUCAUGGGAUGAUUUUAUUGGGUACUGACCACAUUGAAGAGUAACUGCAGAUAAAUUGAGCUAUCUUGAUGAAGUUUCCAACUGCUAUGGAAAAGUGACUGUUAUAGAAAAUUGAACUAUCAUUUUCAGCUCUUCGUUUUUGAAUUUUAAAUUUUAACAGGAACAGAUAAGUAUUAUUUUUCCUUAUUACUGAAUCUCGAUCUAUUAUUAAUCCCUGAAAGGCCCAAGAAGCAAGUAAACACCACAGCUUUAAUAACAAACAAUCUGAUCUGCAAGCAUUAUCCAAGUAACUCUCUCUCUCUCUCUCUCCCCCCCCCCCCCUAUAUAUAGUGAAUAUCUUUUUGAAUCGAUCUUCUAUUCUCUUUUAAUAAUUAAAAAAAACUUUUUUAAGAUGUUACAAAGAAAACCAUGUGGUUUUUAAUUUUUAUUUGCAAUGUUUGGAGAACACGGAGCUUAGUUGGAGGGCUGAAACGAUGGACUGAUUGGAGGUCUACAACUCCUGAAUAAUGUUAGGCGGUUUGCCCUCUAUUGAUCCACUGUCUGCUCCUUUGCUCCCCAUUGUGUAACAUUUCCUCUUAUCUGUUUUUCUUUUUUGUACAAAAUUGAAUAUUAUUGAACUUCUUGAUGGUAUUUGCUAACAUUUGGUGUGGUGAUGCAUACAGACAAAUAAAUAACUAAAAAGUUAAGUUGGUGCUGGUGAAAGCAGUGAAGAUCACAGAAAGUGCUAUGUGCAUGACCUCUAUUAAUAUCUUCAAAGUUCAAACAAUACACAUUUGGUGAUAACUGAUAAGUCACUAAAGUCUACCAACUCUGAUAAAUUCAACUACUCAGUAUGGACACACUUCUUUUCCUUUUUAUUUCUGUUUAUGAUCAUGAAUUUGGAAGAUUCAUAAAUUUGACUGUUUUCUGAUGAACGGUUCCAAAUGCGUGAACCACCACCAGGGGUAGUAGACUGAGAUUAACUAUAGAUCUAACUUCUCAUAUAUGCUAAAAUAAAGCCUUUACCUAGUAGUAGUGAACCACCACCAGGGGUAGUAGUUCAUUGGUAUUCCCUAUAGCUUCUAAAGUGGAAGGUUAAGGGUUCAAGUUCUCAUAGAGGCAUCAGGGUUCAUCAAUGUGGAGUGUUCCGAUGGGUAAACUAAGUAUGGAUGUAAUUUCUGGUAUAAGUUGUUGCCUGAGCUCGAAUCACUUUCUCACAUGAUCUGAAGCUUUUACCAUUCUAUUGUAAGUGGUAAAAUGUGCCUCUUUGAGCUUGGAAUAACAAAGGGGACUUGUGUUGACUGGUUCUAGCAGUUUUAACUUUUAGUUUCAACUUUAGGGCAUGAAGUAGCUGUCCUGUCUUUAAGAUUGGACUCAUAUUCACAACCAUCUGAGCUUUUACCGUUCUAUUAUACAGUAUUAUACUAAAUGCGUCACUUGGAGAUUGCAGCAACAAAAUAUUUUUUAUUUUGACCGGUUCAAAUGACCUCUACUUGUAAUUUCAGUUUUAUGGACUUUAAGGAAUGAAAGAAUUUGAAUUGCUAUGGAUUUCUUGAAUGACAGAUUGCCUGGCUCAAAAGAAGGCGCUUGAAGUACUGUGACAUUGUUGUGCAACACUUUGUUACUGAAGAACGAAGCAGGAGUCAUGACAAAGAUUGCCAGCUAUUCGAGCACCCAUGAUUGGAAUUCUCUGUUUUCAAUGGAGUUUGUGGUAGUGGUUGCACGAUCAGCUGUACAAGGGGUAACCUUCAGCCAUGAUGGUGUGUUUGUAUUUCAGUUUAAUCUCAAAAUGUGUUGCAUGACACUGUUUGUGCGUUAACAUGUGUGCCGCCAAAAUACUUGUUUUGUGGCAGAACCAAGGAACAUAGUUCAUCUAAACGAUUCUGGGAUGUUAUUAUUUUUUCCCCGAAGAACAUUGUGCAUCUCGUUUGGCUUAAGGAAAAUGUGAAUUAGUAUUGGUUCGAUUGCAA